GUGAACAGUUCCGGUCGAUAGAAUGAUUUUUUUAUUUUUCAAAAAUUAUAACAAUAUUAUUAUCGCGUUUUUGAUCGUUUCUGAUUGAUAAUUGUAAAUCACUUGAUUGGAAUAUACAAAAAUAAUACAAAUUUGUUUAAAAGAAUUAAAUAAUUAAUAAAAAUUGAAAUAAAUAAUAAAAGAAAGAAAUAAAAAGAACGUUAUUGUUGCAAAAAUUUUAUAUUUUAAAAAUUAGUAAAAAAAUUUUGUUAUAAAAACCCGGUAUUCUUAAAUUUCUUUUGUUUUUUUUUUCCUUUUUAAACAAAAGGAUAACGAUUAUUAAAUGAACGUUAUUGUAAUCUCUGUUUUGAUAAAAAAAUUUUUUUUUUUGAUUUAAUUAAUAAGGAAGGAAAAAAGGAUAUAAAUGAAGGUUAAAAGAGGAAAUUUCAAUUGAAAAAUUAAAAUAAUAUUAAAGAAAAAGAAAUUGAUAAUAAAAAAUAGUGAAAGAGUGUCAGGCAGAGGUUAUAAUUUUCUUUAUAAAUAAAAUUAUUUAAGUUUGUAAAGUGCCAUUACAAAAAAUUCAUAAAGAAUAAUAAGAAUUAAAAAAAUUUUUUAUUAAACAAAAAAAAACACAAAAAAACAAAAGGAUAACAAAAUGAAUACUUUUAUAUCAAUCGGAUUUUUCAGUAUUCUUAUACCGUUAUUAAUUUUUGCCAAUAGACGACUUUUACAUCAUUCCCUGUGCGAAUAGGCCCUUUUGGCUAGGGGAAUGAAACGUAUGCCAAUCAUCAAUGCAAAACUUGUCGUAAUUAUCGGAAACUAAAUUACAUGAAAUUUUACUUAAUCAUGAAGAUGUUAAACUUAGUUGGAUGAUUGAUUGGUACAAUCAAGAAGUUUUAUUUCAUAUACAAAAUGCAUUUAAUCAACAAUAUAAAUGGUUUUACUUAGGAUUUUCGAAACGUGGUGAUGUUUCAGAAUCGGAUAUCUGUUUCUUCGAGAAUCAUAAUGGAUUUUUUAAUGUUGUAACAGAUGCAUAUACAAGUAAAGAUGGUAAAUUUGUACAUAAAGAUUAUCAACAAGAUUGUGAAUUAUUUAAAAUGGAUGAUAAUUCACUGGCAUUUAAAAAGAAAUUCGAUACAUGUGAUCCAUUGGAUUUACGAAUGCAUGAAGGAACAAUGUACAUCCUUUGGGGAAGAGGUAAAACUCAAUUAGAAUUGCAAGAUAAUAAAUUUCAAUUUCCAAAAGCAUCAACGAAAGAUAGUGGUAUGCAUAUGUUACAAUUAUUAAGAGCGGAUAAAAUUAUCAUACCUGAAAAGGAUAUAAAAACAACAGAGGUGACAUUAUCAAAUGUCCUUGUACCAAGUAAAGAGACAACAUAUUGGUGUCAUAUACAGAAAUUAGAUGAUUUUAUAAAAGAGAAACAUCAUAUAGUACAAUUUGAACCAGUUAUUAAAAAUUCGGAUUUAGUACAUCAUUUAGAGGUAUUUCAUUGUGAUACAGAUGCAGAUAUUUCUAUACCAUUAUAUGAAGGUGAUUGUGAUAAUUUGCCAGCUGAAGCAAAAGUUUGUUCAAAAGUUAUAUCAUUAUGGGCAAUGGGUGCAAGUACAUUUACAUAUCCGGAAGAGACUGGAUUACCAAUAGGUGGUAAAGAUUAUAAUCCAUAUGUUAGAUUGGAAGUACAUUUUAAUAAUCCGGAUUUAGUGUCAGGACGAAUUGAUAGCUCUGGUAUGAGAAUUAAAAUGAUUUCAAAAUUACGUAAAUAUGAUGCUGCUGUCAUGGAAUUAGGAUUAGAAUAUACUGAUAAAAUGGCAAUACCGUAUGGUCAAGUUGGUUUCCCAUUAAGUGGAUAUUGUAUUGCUGAAUGUACGCAAGUUGCUUUACCAAAAUCUGGUAUAACAAUAUUUGGUUCACAAUUACAUACACAUUUAAGAGGUGUACGAAUAUUAACUAGACAUUUUCGUAAAACUGAAGAAUUACGUGAAGUUAAUAGAGAUGAUUAUUAUUCACAUCAUUUCCAAGAGAUUCGUAAUUUACGUUAUAAGCCAAGAGUCCUGCCAGGAGAUGCUUUAGUUACAACAUGUUAUUAUAAUACAGAAGGAUAUCAGAAUACAACAUUGGGUGGUUUUUCAAUUAGUGAUGAAAUGUGUGUAAAUUACAUUCAUUAUUAUCCGGCUACAAAUUUGGAAGUUUGUAAAAGUUCAGUCUCAGAAGAAACAUUAGCAAAUUAUUUUAUUUAUAUGAGAAAAAAAGAACAUCAACAUAAAAUAAAAUUAGGUGGUGGUAGAGCACAUAAUUAUCGUAGUAUUAAAUGGACGGAGCCUCGUAUUGAUCAAUUAUAUACGAUGUAUAUACAAGAGCCGCUUAGUAUGCAAUGUAAUCGAUCAGAUGGUUAUCGUUUUGAUGGUUAUAAUUGGGAAGGUUCACCAAUAACUCCAGUUAAAAUUCAAGUACCAUUACAUAGAUUAUCAUGCCAAAAUUAUAAUCCAUUUUGGUUAAAACCAUUAGAAGAAGGAAAAUGUGACCUAUUAGGAGAAUGUAUUUAUUAAUAAAACAAAUUAUAAUAAUUAUACUCAUACAUACAUACAUAUAAUAUUAUAUACUAUUAUAUAAUAAUAGUAUAAUUUGUAUACAUAAUUCAAAUAUACAUAUAAUAUACAUUCAUACAAAUAUACAAACAUAUAUACAUACAUAAUUUAUAUAUUAUAAUAAUAAUGUAGUUAAAAUUAUAUAAAAAAAAAAUUUGAAUUUAUACCCGAAAAAACUGGAAAAU